AAUUUAAAAUAAAAACAAACAUAUUAUAUUUGCUUGAAAUCAUUUUCUUCAACCCCUUUCUCACUCUAAAAAACUCUCUCACUACAACAUUCUUCAUCUUCAUCAUCAUCAAUGGCGAUAAACUAAUCGGAUUCGGAGCCUCUAACCGGGUCGCCCGCUCUUCACUCUCCGUUUCUCAAUCUUCAGUUUUCAGUUUCUUCGAAUUUUCUUGAUUCUGGUCAAAAAUUGCGGCGCAUCUUCAACUGUGCGAAAAUAUCGCUGAUUGAAGGCACUUUAUAUCUUGUGCUGAGUUUUGUGGAUUUUGGCUGUCAUCUGUUAUAAUACUCAUGCAAAGGCUCCAUUGUUAUCCUGCGUCUGUGCUUUAGGAUCAGUAUGGAGACAACUGGCAAUCUUUCCAAGAAUAACUCCUUGAAACUGACAACUCAGCAUUCAGCUCGGCGAUUAGGUUUUUGUUCUCAAGUGGCAACAGGACAGCAUUCAUCCCCUACUGUCUUUCCUGAAAAGCGUAGCAAAGUGAAGAAGUCAAAGCGUAGUGAAAUCAGUGUCAGCAUUGAUGAUCUUAAGAAAUCAAAGACAGAGGAGCAUAGGAUUGAUAUCGGAGAUGAGAAAUCUGACUUGUUGGGAUAUGAUGUUUUCUCCGGAAAGUUAGUUCUAGACAAGAGAAAGACAAACAAGAGUAGUGACACAAAUACUUCAACUGAUAUAACAAAUCAAGACAGUGUUGAUGCAAAGCUCACUAGCAAGGCACUAGUUUGGGGUUCACAAUUGUUAUCUCUCGGUGACGUGGUUUCGGUAUCUUACACAUUUGGCUUGAGACAAUUUACAGUGCAUGCUUACCCCAUUAAAAGGGCCUCACGUGGCCUUUCUUGCUUCAAGAAAUCAGGGAGAAGUCGGAAGGAUUUUCGUUUCUUGGCUUCCACAAUAGAUGAAGCAGUUCAAUGGGUUACUGGGUUUGCAGAUCAGCAAUGUUUUGUCAACUGUUCACGUCAUCCCUUGGUUUCUUCGAAGAAGCUGGGUUCAGAUUUUUUAUUCAGUGAUUUUCCUCUUGAACCAUAUAUCAAGUGUAAACAUCCACCUACAAUGCUUGUGAUUUUAAAUCCACGGUCUGGACAUGGUCGUUCAAGUAAAGUUUUCCAUGGAUUGGUAGAACCGAUAUUUAAGCUAGCAGGAUUUAAAUUGGAGGUGGUCAAAACAACAGCUGCUGGACAUGCUAGAAAUCUUGCAUCAAGUGUUGAUUUCAAUACAUGUCCAGAUGGAAUUAUAUGUGUUGGAGGUGAUGGAAUCGUUAACGAGGUAUUGAAUGGCCUUCUUAGCAGAGAAAACCAAAGGGAAGCAAUUUCAAUUCCAAUUGGAAUUAUCCCUGCUGGUUCUGAUAAUUCUCUGGUGUGGACUGUUCUCGGGGUUAGGGAUCCAGUUUCUGCUGCAAUUGCGAUAGUGAAGGGAGGUCUAACUGCAACAGAUGUUUUUGCUGUUCAAUGGAUUCAUACGGGAGCCAUCCAUUUUGGGAUGACUGUCUCAUACUUUGGAUUUGUCAGUGAUGUCUUGGAACUUUCUGAGAAAUAUCAAAAACGCUUUGGCCCUUUACGGUAUUUUGUUGCUGGUGUCCUCAAAUUUUUAUGCUUACCCAAGUAUGGCUUUGAAGUGGAAUAUCUCCCGGCAUUGAAAGAAAAAACUGAUCGAGAUGCAGAAGCAUCAGCUAAUCGUGAAGUAGUUGAUAUGUCAGACCUUUACACAGAUAUCAUGAGAAGAUCCAGCAAAGAUGGCAUUCCUAGGGCUUCUAGCUUAUCAAGUAUUGACUCAAUAAUGACCCCAAGCCGAAUUUCGGGUGCUGACUUGGAUACGACCUGCAGUAGCACUGAGCCAUCAGAUUAUGUGCGUGGCAUAGAUCAAAAAUCAAAACGCCUUUCAUCUGGGAGGCGCAAUGUAACAGAGGAACCAGAAGUUAUCCAUCCUCAGCCACCGCUUUCAUCAACCCCAAAUUGGCCAAGAACUAGGUCCAGGUCGAGGGCGGAUAAAGGAUGGAAUGGGUUAACAGCCACACAUGAUGCCACUAGGUCAUCUUGGGGAACUACAGCGGCAAAUGACAGAGAGGAUAUUUCAUCAACAAUGUCGGAUCCAGGGCCAGUUUGGGAUGCAGAACCAAAGUGGGACGUCGAGUCUCACUGGGAUAUGGAAAAUCCUAUAGAAUUGCCUGGCCCAACAGUUGACAAUGAAGAUGAAGUGCCUAGAUUUGUGGAAGAGUGGGUUACGAAAAAAGGUCAAUUUCUUGGCGUCCUAGUUUGCAACCAUUCAUGUAAAACUGUCCAGGGUUUGAGUUCUCAGGUUGUGGCUCCGAAAGCCGAGCAUGAUGACAACACCUUGGAUUUGUUGUUGGUUCAUGGAAAUGGCCGUUUGAAGCUUUUGAGAUUUUUCUUGCUUCUGCAAUUUGGACGACAUCUUUCUUUACCCUAUGUUGAAUAUGUUAAGGUAAAGUCAGUGAAGAUUAAGCCAGGGAAGACCACACAGAAUGGAUGUGGCAUUGACGGUGAACUUUUCCCGGUCACUGGACAAGUCAUGUCUUCCUUACUCCCGGAGCAGUGCAGGCUUAUAGGUCGCUCCCCUGGAGCUCCGGGUAAAUAAAAUUGAUACAGCCCCAUAUAUCAGACUUCAUUGAUUCAUCUUUCUUCAGUUUCUGACAUUUAGGGGAUGAGGUCAUGUUUCGGACAUGCUGGUGCAGAUUUUCAAGUUUGCCGUCUUCUGUACAUUAUGUUUAUGUUUGGUGGCCAUUUUCCGGUUCUUUGCGUGUUAUAUAUCUUUCUUUUACUUGUCCGGUGAGGUAAUAUUCUACUGUGUUUCCUAUUUGCUACUUUGUGCAAGCUCCUUGUUGAGCAGAGUACUGUGCAUGGCAGUAAUCAAAGGAUACAUACGCUCCUUCUAUUUUAAACAGCUUCCUAUUAGACUUAUAUACUGUCAGUGAACAUGUCAUUCUUUGUGUAAUCGUGAUAAAUAUAAAAUUUAUGCACUUUGUUACUAGGUA